UUGGCUCGAACACAGCCGCUGGAAAACGGCCCGAGCCACGCCGCCGUUUCGCCAUGGCAGGUGCUGCCCAAUCGCUGGCGGCGGAUGGCCUGCCCUGGCCAAAGAGCAAACAUGACCUGAAGCUCGACAAACCCUUGGGGCGUGGAUACUUCGGUGAAGUAUGGCGAGGCUAUCGUUCAGGCCGGUCUUCAACGCCUGUAUGGGCUGUAAAGAAGAUUCCUCUAUCGCUGAUUGAGCAGCAUGGUCUCACCGAGCAGAUGAAGAGGGAGAUUGAUAUUAUGAGAAGCUUACGGCAUCCGCAUAUCGUAGAACUGCACUUCAGCUUUCAAGACGAGAGCCACGUCUAUCUGGGCAUGGAGUUUGCCGAGGGAGGUGGUAUGUUUGACUUGCUGAGCAAGUAUGGGAAGUUUUCCUCCGAGCUUGCAGCCCGGCACUUCUACGAAGUCUGUGAUGCCUUGGAAUAUCUGCACACACAGACUCCACAGAUCAUCCACAGGGACAUCAAGCCUGAGAACAUUUUGCUGGACAAAGAGCAGCAUGCAAAGCUGGCUGACUUUGGAUGGUCCAACGUCCUGGAGAACGUGUCCUAUAGGGCGACCUUUUGUGGCACACCCGACUACUUGGCCCCCGAGAUGAUUCGCGGGGAGGGCCACAACGAAAGUCUGGACAUGUGGGAGAUGGGUGUGCUGCUGUAUGAGAUGACCGUGGGCAAAUCUCCCUUUGGCGGAAGCAAUCAGGAUGAGACAUGCCGCAACAUUCUGAGCUGCAAGCUGAAGUUUCCACCUGGUUUAGAGCCAUUGGCAGAGGAUUGCAUCAAGAGCUUGUGCAAGUCGAGGCCACAGGAGCGCCUCACGGCUGCCCAAGCCAAAUGCCAUGACUUUGUGAAGAAGUUCCACGCUGCGGCGCGUGCGAAGGACGUACAAGAAGAUGCUGGAAGACCAUCUGUAGAGGCGCGAAACCUGCGCCGGAAGAAUGAGAUUCUCCUCAACGAGCACACUGAGCUCCUUCAGCAAAAAGCCCACAAGGAGGGGGAAAUUUUCAAGAUCGACGAGCAACUGGAGGAGAAAGUUCAACUGCUCCAAAGAGAAAAGGGCAAGAGAGACCAGGCAAAGAAAAUACUUGAAGAAUUGCAGGCUUUGGAGAGGGAGCAGCUCGAGGAGCUUCGACUGCUCGAAGCAGCGGAGAGGCCAGCUGCUCCUUUGUGAGCUGAGUUCGGCACACCGUCUGAGCAGCGACAUGGAAAUCCCGGAGAUCUGAAGCGCAAGAAGAGCCCUUUUGGUUGGUG